UUACCGUAGCGGUUACCAUAGCAACGACGUGAUGAAAUAUUUUGAUGUAUACGAUUUGACAGCUAUUGACAGCCACUGAAUGUAACGAUGUAACGUCACAGUCCAUUUUACAAAUUAAUUUGUGGUGCGUAAUUUAACAAUGAGCUCGAUCCUCGGUGGUGGUGACAGUAAUGAGAACGUCGUUAUUUUCGACGUGUCAAAAAAUGAAAGAAAACCGAACGAUGAAUUCAAAGUGCUGCAACGCAAACUGAAGGCAAAGUGGAAAUUUAUUGAGAAUAAUGAAGUUAUAUCACAGGAAUCGUUGACAAAUGCCAAAGUCUUAGUGUUGGCUGGACCGUUAGGUAAAUUUACUGAAUUGGAGAUGAAUUCUAUUCGAACUUUCUUGAAUUCCAGUGGCAAUGUUCUUGUCACGCUUGGAGAAGGUGGUGAAAAUAAGUCCAACACAAAUAUUAAUUUCUUAUUAGAAGAGUUUGGCAUAAUGGUAAAUAAUGAUAGCGUAGCUCGCAUGAGUUAUAGUCAAACAAUGCAUCCUAAGGAGUCUCUGAUCCGCCAAGGCCUGUCAAACAAGUCUAUCUUUUUGAAAAAUCACAAUGAAUACAUUGGCGCGAAAUUCUUGUAUCCUUAUGGCGCGACUUUAAACGUAGUGCAGCCAUCCGUAGUCGCCCUGUCCAGUGGAUCAGUCGCCGUUCCAAUGAACAGACCAAUUUGUGCCUAUCAUUGUAUGAAAAACGGCGGCGGCAAGUUGGUUGUAUUAGGCUCGUCCAGAAUGCUGACGGACACUUACAUAGAAAAGGAGAACAACGACGCGUUGCGCGAGAUGAUCUUUGACUUUUUCGAAUUAGAUGUCGCGGAGACCGUGAAUCCCCACACCGAUGACGUAGACUUUUGGGAAUACAAUUUCGUCCCGGAUAUAACGCAACACGCGGACAAUCCGAAAGUUUGCACGCAGGAUUUGGAUAAUAUAGAUAUACCUCGUGAAUACACAAAGCUAUUCAAGCACCACUUCUAUUCCAUUAAUUUGAAUAUGAUACCGGCCUGUAUAAAGGCAUACGAAGCUCUGGGCGUGAAACACGAGCCACUCAGCUUGAUAUCGCCUCAUUUCGAGGCACCCUUGCCUCCGACACAGGCAUCGAUAUUUCCACCGAGUUUCCAAGAAUUACCGCCACCUGCUUUAGAGCUGUUCGAUCUGGACGAGGCGUUCAGUUCAGAUUUAUUAAAAUUGUCACAGCUCACCAACAAAUACACGGCGACGAAGGAUCUAUCAGGCAACAAAGAAUUGGAUCAUUAUAUCAGGGAAUUUGGAAGUAUAAUAAGAAUAAACAAUACCGACACACACACUGCUAAGGAAGUGUUGCAUUCUGUUUUCCAGAAAAUCUGCAGUUACAAAACAAUGCAUGAUUAA